GGGAGGAAAGCAAUUAUGUAUGUAAAUACUAUAGCAUGGGAAAGCCUUCAACCUUUUGCACUUCUAAAUUCCACUGCAGAUAUUCUAGACCUUCCACUCAUAUGUAUCAUGCUUCAUCUGCUAUUGAGACUCGAACAACUGGCGAAAUCAGCCCUCUCUUACCCCACCACUCCGCCGAAGAAGCCUUUGUACUUCAAGAUUCAGAUGAUACUAGAGCAUCUUUCGGCAAUGCGGAGCUCAGGGAAAAGCUGGAACGUAAUUUACUGCGAAAACUGGACACUAAACUGUCGAUUCUCAUACUGAUUUAUGUGCUGAAUUACAUUGACAGAAAUAAUGUGGCCGCUGCCCGUCUGCGCGGUUUCGAGGAAGACCUCCAUCUAAAUGGGUCGCAGUUUGCUACCGUUUUGUCCAUCUUAUAUAUAGGCUAUAUCAUUCUCCAAAUCCCUAGCAAUAUGGCCUUGAACUACAUUGGUAGACCUUCACUGUAUCUACCCGGAUGCAUGGCUGUAUGGGGAAUAAUGUCAUGCCUUACUGGUGCUGCUACCACUUACUUCGGUGUACUUUGUACGCGGUUCUUUCUUGGAUUCGUAGAGGCUGCGUUCUUCCCAGGAGCGUUAUUCCUUAUUUCAAAGUGGUACAAACGCAAUGAACUGUCUCAAAGAACUGCUUAUCUUUCUUCGGGUAGCUUGAUUGCCAGCGCAACUGGGUCACUGAUCGCUUCAGGAAUUCUUGGUCUUAUGGACAAUAACCUCGGCGUCGCAACUUGGAGAUGGUUGUUCUUCAUAGAAGGGGGUCUUACGGUCUUCGUCGCGCUAUGUGCGGCCUUUAUUCUUCCCGAUUUUCCGGAAACAUCCUCUGGAUGGCUCAGUCCUGCUGAACGAACACUUGCGAUGCAGCGGAUGCAAGAAGAGAAUCAUUAUUCAUCCACAUCUGGUGAUCACAAUCAACUGAAAACCCAGCUGGAUGGAUUGCGAUCCGCUGUAAGCGACCCUAAGGUGUGGUGGCUCGCAGCCACUUUAGCCAGUUUGACCUUCUCCUUAUCAUGGAAUGCAUAUUUUCCAAGUAUAAUGGCUACCAUCGGAUACAGUCCCACCGUCACCCUUCUGCUUUGCGCCCCUCCGUGGUUCGUAGCCACUGCAAUCGCCAUCACUGUUUCCCGCCAUUCAGAUUACGCUGGAGAAAGAUGCUGGCACAUCACAUUUUCUAUGGUAAUUGGAAUCAUAGGCUUCACUCUAGCUCGUUCCACGAUGAAUGCAACUAUUCGUUACAUAUCUCUGUUUUUUAUAGCACAAUCGUACACGGGCCAUAUCUGCUUUCUGGCAUGGGCUAGUGGUACUGUCUCCCAGACUCCAGCCAAACGAGCAGUCGCUUUGGCCUUGAUGAAUAGUGUUUCAUCAGUGGGCAAUGUGUUUGGAUCUUACAUAUGGCCAACCAAAUGGGGUCCUGAAUAUAACCAUUCAUUUCUUAUUUGCACGUUCGCGAAUGCGCUGAGCAUAGCGAUGUGUUGGGUGUUCCGGAAACAUUUGGCGAACUUGAACAAAGCAGCCGCAAAGAAAGAAGCUCUUGAUAACGGGGUAGAGGGCUAUAGAUAUAUCCUCUAAUCAUCAUUAUACGUACCUACUUAGAUAGUUUCUCUGGACUGUUAAUAGAACGUCCGGGUAAAGCUCGGGACUUCGUCGGAC